GUGUUAAAAUUGAAGGAAUGGAAACUGAGGGCACUGAAGAAGUUGAUGAUAUUUUUAAUGGCAAGCAUAAUUAUAUCUGUAGUUAUGUUAUUAAUGAGACAACUCAUUGGUAUUGUGAUGAUAAAAAAGAAGCAAAUGAUCAAUUAAAUAUUAUCUUUGUAAAUGAGCAUGCUGCUCAUUUUCAACAAAACAAAAUCAUUCAAAUUACCUCCCAACCAGCCACUAUACCUCCUUUAGUAAUGAUAACAAAUAAUAACAAAGACAACCUGUCAACUAACGAAUCUGAUGAUGAUAGAGAUGACAGAGACAAUAAUUUCACAGUUGCUAAUCUGCCAAUUAACAAAUGUAAGG